UUUUCUUUUCCGAUAUAAACGAGUUGUCAUCACGCUGAUUACAGUUUAGGUCCCGAGGACAAGGAAGAGUACCAGAGGGAACGACAAUGGCAUGGAGGGGACAAUUAUCGCGGAAUCUGAAGGAGCUAAGGGUCCUUUUUUGCCAAACUUCACCUGCAAGUGCGUCCGCUAGGGCAUUCGUGGAGAAGAAUUACACAGAUCUGAAGAAACAGAAUCCAAAGUUCCCAAUAUUAAUCCGUGAGUGUAGAGGGGUGGAGCCUCAGCUCUGGGCAAGAUACGAUAUGGGUGUUGAAAGGGGCAUUCGAUUGGAAGGCUUGACAGAAGAACAAAUCUCCAAGGCACUUGAGGAGCUUGUCAAAGUGGGCGCAUCCCUUAAAUCCUAAGACUGCUACCAUUUUCCUAUGAUAUCGACAAAAUAAGCAUAUGCAGAGACACCUUUGAGUAAAUUUUCCUUCUGUUUAGCUUCCAUCUUGACUAUCCGAUAAUUCAUUUGUUAUGCUUGUUUCCAUGGGAUGUAUGGAUGUAAAAUUGGAUUAAAUCUGAAAAUCUUCUGUGUUCGUCCUAUUCGGAAUGGACCCAAUAAAAGUUUUAUUUGCAUUGGUGACAUAA